AUGCUUCGUCUCGUACUAGCUAUUCUUGCUGUAUUGGCUUUUGCUCAAGGGCAAAGUUGUGAAUCGCCACAAUUUCAAGUUGCUUCAUAUUCGACAAGAGAUGGAAGAUUAACUGCUGAGUCUGCAGCUGAACUUGAAAUAACUGUUAAAUGCAAAAGUGGAAAACAACCAAGUACACUUUAUGCUGAUAUUAAUGGACAAACUGUACCAUGUGCUCAAUCAAUUGCAUCACCUGGCAAAUACUUUGUCAGUAUUGCUGUUGCCUCUCACAAACAAUUAACAACUGGACGUACAACGGUGCGUUUGUAUGAUGACGAUUCAUAUUCAGCUAUGCGUAAAGCUCGUACAGAUGAAGCCGUUCGAGCUGUUAAACCAUUCGGCACAGUUGAAUUAAAUCAUCCGGGUGUAAGCUAUGGUCCGUGGUUACCUAGUGAAUUCUUUGCUGUUACAAUUUUUGGCGCUGUUUGGUGGGCUGCAUAUCGUGAAAGGUCAAUAAUUCUUGGCUGA